GUGCUAUUGAGUGACCAAUAUGUGUAUUUUGUUUGCGUUUUGUUGGCUUCAAUGGAGUGUACCUGCGCUGUUAAUCCAGGUAGUAACUGGUGUGAUCUGCUGCCAUCUAGUGGCUGCUGCGCGUCAUGACAUAAGCAGCCUCUGAAAACAAACAGUGGUUCAUUUCUUUCUUUCAAUUAAUUUAACCAUCAGGUAAAAAUACUUUAAAAGAAACGCAUUAAUUCCGUUAAUCCUGAAGUAUAUUUUCUUAUAAUUUAAAGUGAAUGAAGGAAGGAAAACGUCUGUAAGUGGUAAAACUAGCAGAAACACUGUGUUGCAUAAUAUUGACAGUCUAUGUUUGUGACACAUUCCCUUUAGAGAUUUGUGUAGCCAGCAAUUAGCAUACAGUCAAAGUGUUAAUUUAUUUAUUUGUAUUGUUGUCUUCCUAAAUCACAGGUGUAGUGAAUCACUCAGUGGGCUGUGUAGUGUUCAGGAUAUAAACGCUCAUAAUUACUGAAAUGAAUCCUCCAUGCCUUUCAGAAAUAGGGCUCAGCAACCUUAUCAGCCUGUUAAUACCUACUGGUAUAUUAUGAGGGUCAAUUAUGUGUAGCUGGUAAUGGCAUUCCUAUCUGAACAGCAGCAAUGUCAUUGACCUAUGAACAUGCUUAUGUCAUGUCCUAUUCAAGCUAAUAAUGAUUUUAUGAGCGAAUGAAUGGAGGGAGAACUGCGCUGACUGUUCACACAAUGGAUAACACUCAAGGUACUUUAACCCCUUUGUUGAUGUUAAAGAACAACUAGUUGUACAGUUUCAUGUCUGUAGUGUGCAAGCAGCAAAUCAAGUCAUCUGAAUACAGCUUUUAAGGGAAUAUAUCUUCUGUGGAUAAAGAAUUAUUAUUAUUAUUAUUGUUUUCUGAAUAUCUAUUCAGCCUUUAACGAUCAAACUCCUCGAUCAAACUCAAUUGCAUGCAGACUGCUGUCAUAGAGCUCCUUUUAAUGUGUCAGGAUGACUCAAAUCUUGAAAUUUAAAAUGGGUUUGCGCUCUUAAAUCCUGGCAUUCAAACUUAAAUGUCAGGUAACUGUAAGCUUUUUGAAUUCAUCCUAUUGAUAUAAACGGAUGACCCAAAGGAACAGGAUACUUUAAUUACACUUAACUUUUGUGUUUUCUGUCCUGUAGAGUGUGCAGAGUGUUUGCAAGCUUUGCACCAUACUAUAUGAAAAUGAGCUUCUAUUUCAAGAUUUUUCAUUUGUGUGUUCAUCUUGUGGUGAAUGGUCGGUUGGUAAGUGAUCUCUGCUAUAUCGUGAAUUUAUACAGUUUAAUAUGUCGUCUUUUUCUGAAUGAAAACCAUCCUCACUAUAGUGCACAGUACAAAUUUAGCAAGUCUGUGUUCUGGCUUGACUCUAUUAAGGUUGUAAAUGUUUUCGAUACUUCAAUACUUUUCGAUACCGCAUGCUUGAUAGUAUCGAAAAGUACAGAAACCUUAAAAAACUACGGUACUUUAGAUAGGUGUGUAGGAAAAUGAAUAAAGCCAUCAAACAUUGCAGGCAGACUCCUACACACUGUCUUAACUUUCAGAAAAACACUGGAAACAUUUUGGUACCGUAAUGUUUCCGUUGUAUUUGUGCGGCCUAGAAAGUGUUCAGGUGUUUGCUUGCUAUUUUUAGUAAUUGAAAAGCAGAAAUUCCCAAAUAAUGGGUGCCUAGGAGGACCUCUAAUUUUGUUGCUGUGGUAUUGAAACAGGUAUUGAUAUCGUUUAAAAUUCUGGUUUUGUCGCAAGCCAUUUUUACCAUUUAAGAAAAAAAAAUAGACUUUAGCACUGCUGAAGGCCUUACUGGAUCUACAUCAACAUCAGGAAAGUGAAACAAGCCACGUCAUAUUUUCAUUCAUAGCUAUAUUAGUGUUUUUUAAACCAAUUUCCUGCACAAUAAGCCAGAAAUCUCAACAUUUUCUCACAAUAGAUCUUGUCUUAUCCUGUUUUCAGCCCGCCAUGGAAAGUCGUUCUGAAACUGUGUUUGUAUAGCUCCAUGGUAAAUUAUAACGUUCCAAUCAUUGACAAAACGUAGCUGAUAUUUAAACAGAUCAUGGUACAACUUCUCAGGAGAAAUAUUAACCUCUGCAGGUUCACUCCUGCAGCGAGGAGGCGUGUGAUGAGCAAACUAUUUUGGUUUAACGAGAAAAAGGGUCAGUGAGUCAAUGAUAUGUCAGUGGAACAGCUCCAUCCGCUCUCUUAACCUCACACGCCAAAGUCCGUGUGAUUAGCUGGCACAGAGAUAUGCAUGUGCACACUUCAGGAGAGCACACUCGGUGUCUCAUCGUCGCCUCUCACUGAAGGCUCAUGGCUGACGAGAAGAUGGAGAUGGGGGAAGUCGGGGCGUCUCUUAUGUCUUCGGACGUCAAGCCACCUCUAGCCAAACCUACUAACAGAUUCGACAGGGUGUUUCAGCCGUGUCUAGGCGAGCUGGUGGGGACUACUUUCUUUGUGUUUAUCGGGUGUGUGUCGGUCAUAGAGAACGUGGAGUCUACAGGGAGGCUUCAGCCUGCUCUCGUGCACGGUCUGGCUGUGGCUGCCCUGGUGGCGUGCAUGGCUGAGAUCAGUGGUUCUCAUUUCAACCCGGCCUUCACCCUGGCCAUCUAUCUGUGCGGAGGGAUGCAGUUGAACAUGGUGGCUCCAUACCUUGCAUGUCAGUUGCUUGGAGGGGUGCUUGGAGCUGCCAUGGCAAAGGUGAUGACCUUGAGGGAGAACUUCAUCAAAGCCCACGGUGCUGCGUUCGCUGUUCUGCAGCCAGACACUGAAAUUGGAGGCGCUCUGUUUGGCGAGGUCGCCAUGACCUGCCUGAUCACCAUGGUGCUGCUGCUGGGGGCCUUCAACGCCAAAACCAAAAACCCCAUGGUGCCGUUCAUGGUGGGAGGCACAGUUAUACUUACCAUUUUAGCCGGUGGAGAUGUUUCUGGCACCUGUAUGAACCCCGCCAGAGCCUUCGGUCCAGCUGUGGUGAGCAACUACUGGACGUAUCACUGGAUCUACUGGGUGGGGCCCAUCGCAGGGGGCGUCAUAGCAGCUGCACUGGUUCGACUUCUCCUCGGAGACAAGAAGAUGCGAAUCAUUCUGAAGUGAGAUCCUGUGUUUGAAAAUAAAUCCUGAGAUUAUCGUUUCAUAGUUACAA